AUGUAGGUGCAGCUGGGACAAGCGGAUAUAAAAUGCCCCAUCACAGAGUGCAGCGAACACCUGGAUGAAACAACUGUGCUCUAUAACCUGCCCCAUGACGACAUCAUCAAGUAUAAAUACUUCCUGGAACUCAGCCGCAUUGACUCCAGCACCAAGCCAUGCCCUCAGUGCAAGCACUUUACAACCUUCCGGAGGAGAGGCCACAUUCCUACCCCUGCCAAAUUGGAGAACAAAUACAAAAUCCAGUGUCCAUCUUGCCAAUUUGUCUGGUGUUUCAAGUGCCACUCUCCCUGGCAUGAAGGCGUUAACUGCAAAGAAUACAAGAAGGGAGACAAGCUGUUACGUCACUGGGCCAACGAAAUCGAACACGGGCAGAGGAAUGCCCAGAAGUGUCCAAAAUGCAAGAUCCACAUCCAGAGAACUGAAGGGUGUGACCACAUGACCUGUUCACAGUGUAACACUAAUUUCUGUUACCGUUGUGGGGAGAGAUACCGCCAGCUGCGCUUCUUUGGAGACCACACGUCAAACCUCAGUAUCUUUGGAUGCAAAUACCGCUACCUCCCCGAGAGACCACAUCUGAGGAGAUUAGUGCGAGGCUCUGUCUGUGCUGGAAAACUACUCAUUACACCCCUAAUAUUGGUUCUGGGACUGGCACUGGGAGCCGUAGCUGUUGUAAUAGGUUUAUUUGUGUUUCCUAUCUAUUGCCUUUGUAAAAAGCAGAGGAAAAGGUCACGGACAGGCCUGUUGGAAACUCAGCCAUUUCAUGAAGCAGAUGAAGAUGUGGUCACUGAUGUUGAUUUCACCAAUAUGAUUUCUGAAGAAGAAAAAGAAGAGUUAAAGACUGAGCUAGCCAAGCUAGAGGAUGAAAUUUCAACUUUGCGGCAAGUGCUAGCAGCCAAAGAGAAGCACCUGGUUGAAAUUAAACAAAAACUUGGCAUAAGUCUGAUGAAUGAACUGAAGCAGAACUUUAGCAAAAGCUGGCAUGAUAUGCAGACAACUUCUGCCUACAAGAAAACACAUGAGACCCUGAGCCAUGCGGGGCAAAAAGCAACAGCAGCUAUCAGCAAUGUAGGAACAGCUAUCAGCAAGAAGUUUGGAGAUAUGAGAUCGCAUUCAAUUAGCUACUCUAUUCGCCAUUCCAUAAGCAUGCCUGCAAUGAGGAAUUCUCCAACUUUCAAAUCGUUUGAGGAGAAGGUUGAAACCACUGUCACAAGCCUUAAGACCAAGGUUGGUGGGACAAGCCACACGGGAGGCAGUUUUGAAGAAGUUCUCAGCUCUACAGCCCAUGCUAGUGCUCAGAGCUCCCUCGCUGGCACCCGGCUCCCUGAAAGUGAAGAAGAGCUUCAGUGUUAAACAGCGGGCCCUCCUGAGCCCCACAUGCCUCUCUUCAGAGACUUGCCCACACAAUGGUUUUCAGCUCUCCCUCACCACACAACUUGCGCAACAAGGUUUUGUCAGCUUUGGAAAAUUGCCAUCCUGGCCUUGUGUUGGAGAAAUGUUUCCUCUCCCUGUUUCUAUUUCAGAUGGGCCGUUUUAUCACCAGGUACUUUGUACAUCAUCAAAACCACACGUAAGUCAUUGGCUAUAAUGCACUAAAUUCUGUGUUAAGUGGCUAAAUAGUUUUCAGUUACGUGUGACUUCCCUCUAACAAUCUCCCAGUCUCUGUUUCUUAUUUAUAUUGGUUUACCUUUUUUUCUAUCUGUUGGUUUCUGGCUUCCCUCUCAGUGCCACAUCAGACAGAUGGACCUAGAGCUGUGCAAAGCAUUCAGCUGCCAGCAGUAGCCCAUACACCAGCUGUCUACCAUCCAUACCAGGUGCCCUUUGCUCAGGAGUGAGUGUCUGUACAUCAUCUAUUUCCUAACAUUAAAAUCACUUACUGUCACAAAAAGCUGUUUCUCCUUCAGUGGUACGGUCUGGCAUUGCCCUACAUCCAUUGGGCAGCAGAGUUAAGGAGGGCAGGAAGAGACACCUGGUUAUUCAUACAGAAACCACCUAUCACAGCUGCUCAUUUCAGGUAAUCAUUCUGGCCGGAAAGGUUUCAGUUUCAAAAUGUGCACCAUUGCUUGCUCUCUUUGGUUUGGUAAGACUUGGCAGUGAACUUAAUUAGAAAACCAAGUGGAGUGGAGGGAACCUCUAAUAUUUCUGCCUCUGUAUCUUCCCCUCAAAACCAAGGAAAAAUAUGUUUAUGAGCCUCUGUCAAGAUACAGCCUUAAGUGAAAGAAUACAAACCAAACGUUUGGCUUCAGACGUGCCAUAGGUUAGAGAGCCCAUGCCUUCAGAGCUGCUAGCAUAGAUCCCAUCACCUGACAAUGCACAGGAUGAGUAAGAACUUCACUUUUGGUGUCAAAUUUUGCUGUGCUUCACUCCAGGAUGUUAAUUCCACCAACCGCAUUAUCCCUGCUCAAUCACCAAGAGCCAGACGUCUCUCAGCUUUCAUUCAGCAUGCAUUCUGAGCUGCAAUCUUUUCACGUUUUCUAAGGAAAGAGCAGCACGUUUGUGACACUAUCUUGCUGUGUAGUGAGCACGUGUCAGUCCGCAUGUUGUGUUGCUCAGCUCACCACACACUGAGGUGGGCACAGUUAUCAGUAAACAGGAUGGAAAGGAGCCUGGCUACUUUGAAAAUAGAUGUGUAUUUUGAGCAUACGCCAAAGCUUCAAAUCAGUGUUAGUGAGUUUGACAUUACAGACUGCUUAAAAUUUUGUGAGAAAAUGUGGCUUUAAGUGAUUUUUGUUUUUUUCUUGUGUGGCUUUUGUUAGUUUUUACAAAGUUGAAAGUCCUUUUGUAAUGUUCUACUGGAUAUAGGCUAACUUUGGACAUUUAUAUCACAUGCCUCUUUAGUGUGAUUUUUAGCAUGGAAGCAAACCUAAUUGUUUUUCUAGCAUUCUUGUGACAAUUUUCUAGCUUAUUUUACGUGGUUUUGUGCAUAAAUGUGAAUUUAUUUAAAAUGGAAGAUACUGACAACUUAGUUUGUGUAAAUGAAGUUCUUGAUAUUCUUAUUAAAAAUAAAUUUCUCGCUCUUUUA